AUGGAUGCCAAGGGUAGAGAUUACGCAGAGUCCCUGGAUCAGAAGGACGCCCUGCGGCACACGCGGGACGAAUUCGUCAUCCCGACUAGACAAGAGAUCACCAGCAAGACCCUCGCUCAAAAGUCUCAAGUAGGCGACGGCGUAGAGCAGAAGAAAUGCACAUACCUCUGCGGCAACUCCCUCGGUCUGCAACCUAAGCGGACGGCUGAGAGGAUACAGCAGUACCUAUCGACCUGGGCAACGCAGGGCGUUCAGGGUCACUUCAAGCCGCUGGACGACUCGCCCCUGCCGACAUGGCUCGACGUCGACGCGAGGGCGUCCAAGAUGAUGGCCCCCAUCGUCGGCGCCGACCCCUCUGAGGUCGCCGUCAUGCAGACGCUGACGGCGAAUCUUCACCUGCUCAUGUCGGCCUUCUACAGACCGCAGAAGGACGGCAGGCACAAGAUCAUCCUGGAGAGCAAGGCCUUCCCCAGCGAUCACUUCGUCGUCGAGACCCAGAUACGACACCACGGCCUAUCCCCGGAGACGUCCAUGGUCUGCAUCGAGCCCCGGGACCCGUCAAAGGACAGCACCCUGACCACGGAACACAUCCUCUCCGUCAUCGCCGCCCACGCCGCCGACGCGGCCCUGCUCCUCCUCCCGGGCAUCCAGUACUACACCGGCCAGCUCCUCGACAUCCCCGCCAUCACAGCCUUCGCCCGCGCCCGCUCCGUCUUCGUCAUCUGGGACCUCGCGCACGCCGUCGGCAACGCGCCCCUCCGCCUCCACGACUGGGACGUCGACGCCGCCGCCUGGUGCACCUACAAGUACCUCAACGGCGGCCCGGGCUGCAUCGGCGGCGCCUUCGUCCACGAGCGGCACUCGCGCGUGGCCGAGAGCGGCAGCGGCACCUCGGAACCCGGGUACGUGAACCGGCUCGGCGGGUGGUGGGGCAACGACAAGGCCUCGCGCUUCGUCAUGGCGACCGACGGGUUCCGCCCGGCGCCGGGGGCCGCCGGGUUCCAGCUGAGCAACCCCAGCGUGCUGGACAUCACGAGCCUCUGCGCUUCCCUGGAAGUGUUCGAGCUCGCGGGCGGGGUGGCGCCGUUGAGGGAGAAGUCGUUACGACUCACGGCGUACCUCGAGGACCUGCUGGACGGGGCAGACGAGGACGUCAGGGGCUUGUUUCGGAUCAUCACGCCGCGGGCGCCGGAGGAGAGGGGCGCGCAGCUGAGUCUGAUGCUAGCCGACGGGCUGUUGGAGGGUGUGAUGGGGUAUUUUGAGGAGGUGGGGGUUGUGAUCGAUGAGCGGAAGCCCAAUGUUGUGAGGGUUGCGCCGGCGCCGUUGUAUAAUACGUUUGCCGACUGUUUCGACUUUGUCGAGCAUCUCACGGCGGCUUUGAGGAGAGCUAGGAAGAGUACGUAA